GAACUGGCCUUUUGCAUGACUGCAAGAAGGCCCUCCUCUCCUCGUGAUCCCGAGGAAGAAGAAGGGGAACCUCGCCGCUCUGCCGACCCGCUGCAACGUUUCCCAGCCAUGUUCGCGCUACGCGCUUCAGCUCGAAGAUCCGCUGAUGCUGGUCGGCGGCUCCUCCGAAACGCCCAGGGCGUUCGGGGAAUUCGCAUCGGGAACACGGAGGUUCCUGAUGAUAAGAAGCUGACGUAUUCUCUCCAACAGAUAAAGGGGAUUGGCCGCUCCACGGCUCGCCAGAUACUGUGCGAGCUCCAGAUUGAGAACAAGCCGACCAGGGAAUUGUCGGGGAUAGAGCUCGAGUCGCUUCGCAACGAGGUCCUCAGCUACGACAUUGGACAUAAUUUGGACAAAGAGAAUGCCAGUUGCAUUAAGAGACUGGUCGACAUACAAAGCUACAGGGGGAUCAGGCACGUAGAUGGUUUGCCGUGCAGAGGGCAGCGAACGAGAACGAAUGGCCGUACCAGGAAGGACAGGGGAACUCCUUUAUCUGCAUUUAAGAUGACGACUUCCCGUAGGUAGACUGGAAGUAUACCUGAGCUGGAGACGAACUGGUUGACAUACAAAGCUACAGGGGAAUCAGGCACGUAGAUGGUUUUCCGCUCGAGGUGGUUGUCUUUUUCGUCGUUAUACUCUGCUAAUCGUGAUUGAAAUGUGAUGGCUUAAACAGUUGCAAAUAAGCUGGAGUCAGUAGACAUUCAUGUUCUCUUCUUCCUACAAUCGAACGUUGCUUUGUUUUGGA